AUGGGAGUAUGGAGAAGAGGAGUGGUGGUUGGCCGGAGCUCUGGUGGACGGAGGAAAAAGAAGCCGGUAAUGGUGGUGUUCAAGAUUAAUGAUAACCGCAAGUCCAUGGAAAGGAAGCUAAGGCAGCUACAGAGGAUCAUACCCGGUGGAGGAGUUGAAGGGAUAGACAUGGAAACCUUGUUCCAGAGAAUCGCAGCUCACAUCUCCUUACUUGAGUCUCGUCUAGCCGAACAUCCAUACUUCCCCGAGGGCACUCCAGUUACCCUAGCAGACCUCUCAGAGGAAGAGUAUCACUCAGAGGACGAUGAAGAUGAUCCAGAGGAAGUUAACGAAUCCAACGACGAGGGCAUUCUUCAGGAUGCCGAAGAGAUAGAUGAUGACGGUCCCAUAGAGGAUAAGGAGAGAUUUAAUGGCGAGGAACCUACCCCUCCUACUCUACUAUCCUCUCCAUCCAAGCCAUAUCUGUGA